AUGCCGUACCGUGCUGAAUUGAAACGUCCUGAUUUGAAAGGUUCCUUCCCAUGUUCAGUUUGUGGAAAGAUCUUCUGCCACAGCUCAUCGUUAAGUCGACAUCGGAUGCAGGCACAUUUCAAAAGUUAUACAUGUACACAGUGCAAUCAGGAAAUUUCAAGUGAGUUUCUAUAUUCUUCAAAAUGAAUAUUCUAUCAAACAACAAAAGGAAUGAUGACAACAAAAGUAACAUAACCGCUCGCUUCUUUUUGUUCGCGAAUUUUUUAAUCAUACAUUUUUCAUAAGUUCUUCUUAGCUGAGUCAUUUGAAUUCAAAAUGUGUUUUUUUUUACUGUUAAGAAAAAAGACAUUUUAGUCGGUGAAUAAGCAACAAUGUUUGAAAAUAAAUAAAUAAAUUCCAGGUUAAUUUUUUUCUAAAAUGACCUUGUCAACAAUACCAUUAAAAAAGUCUUGUUAUUAGCACCUUCUGAAAGACAUUACGUUACGCCACACCCUUUUCUUCCAUCUUAUAUGUUUUACUGUUUGUCCAUCCAUAUAUGUUCCUAAUUGAGGCGGCUUCCGCAAGGUAUAUUACUUAAUGGUUGGACCAUACCUACAAGGUCAUACAGCUAAUUGUGUGGUAGAUUUUUUUGGUUUUUUUUUUGAAACAGGUAAAACAACAUAGACAGAGAGAUAAAAUAUAUUAAACCCUAAAACCGAUCUCGAAUUGCGCAACAAGCCUAAGCGGAUCGGAUCAUGUUGGGUCGGUAUUAAUUUUUAUGAUCGUUUAUAUAACGAGAAACCGUUUUUGGCGGUGUUUUUAUUAGGUUUUCUCCUUCUUUCUGUUGGCACAUGCAAAUUAGUGUGGAAACAAAGAAACAUUAGUCAAUUUGUCGAAAUGCCUUUAAAUGGCGUGCACUUGAUGGAUUGGCGGGUAGCUCAAUGGCAGUAAAUACAUCCAAUAUAACACCGUAUAAUGAAUUCGUUUAUUUUAUUAGCUUUUGUAUGUGCAUUUGCAUAUUUUCCGCAACAUUUCACUUUUUUUCUAAAUACAUACAAGAAAAAGGUCAAAAGGGGAGGUGUUAGAAUCUUCAACAAUUUGUUUUUCAGGCAACGAUACUCUUCGAAGUCAUAUGUUCCGGCUUCACAAUAUUUCUCGAAUGUUCAUGUGUCGUUGUUGUAAUUGGGCAUUCCCAGAUAAAACAAGUCUCCAUAUUCAUAUGCAAUCAAUGCUUCGAAAUGGAUCACCAGGAGAUGUUGCAGUUCUUGCAAGAAGUUCUUCUGAAGGAGAUGAUUCACCGAUUAGAUCUCCAAUUUCACUCAAAAAACAAAUAAUUCAUCAUCAACAACAUCUGCACAAUAACAAUCAUAUGAGUUCAAUCUUCCCUAAUCUUGUGAAACCUGGAGGUGAAUCAACGUCGUCACCUUCGAAAGCCCCAUUUCCAUUGGAUCUUUCUGUUGGGCCAAAUCAAUUUUUGACUGCUUGGUUAGCUAAUAAUCCAUUGAACACUGCGAAUCUUGGAUUUUUGAAGAAACCAGAAGAGGAAAAAAUAAAAGUUGAAGAUAUGAGUGAAUAUGAUGAAUUAGAAGUUCGUACAACUGAAGAAGAUAUGAGUAAUGAUUUGAUUGUUAGUCCAAGAAGUGUUAUUGUGAAAAAUGAAAAUGAGAAGAAACGAAAAUUCAGUUAUGAUGAUAACGUUGAUGUUGAUGUUGAAGGUGACGAAGAGGUGAGUUACCUAUACCUUAUUGAAAAUUUUAAAACUAAAAUUCCCAUUUUCAGAUCGAACCACCUUUGAAAAUGACAAUAAUUGAAAAAGAAGAGCAUCACCAUCAUCAUCAUAUUUCUCACGAUCAACCAUCUCCAACAGUUUCUGAUUCACACAUUUCUGGAUCAUCAAGUCAUAGCGGUGAAUCUGCAAAAUGUUUUGAUUGUCAAGUAUGUUUUUCAUGUUCUAAAAAUAUAUAUGUACAUAAUCAAAUUUGAUUGUUUGCAGGUUGCAAAAGGAAAACUUUCUGCUGCUGAAGAAAAAUGUAAAAACUAUGAAAAACAAAUUCGUGAUCUUCAACACCAAAUCGAGAUGUUCCGCAAAAUCACAUUCCCUCCAAUGGUUUUACCAAACCCAAUUCCAGUUCCACCGCCAGUUGUGGGACCACCCAUGAUGCCAAAUAUUUUGCAAAACCCGGCGAUGAGAAAUUUGUUGAGCAUUUUCCAAAAUCAGAUGAAUCGUCAAAUGUGCUAA